UUGGGAACGAGAUUCGUGGUGGUUUUGUGCGAAAAUUUGGAUCUCUGCGGUCCUCUCGGACUCACUCGAAGGACUGCAGCGGCAAAAAGGGGGUCGGGUGGAACUACGGAAUAUUACAGUAACAACGGCUGGUUGGUGCAGAUCGUCGCCCAUUCCGUCUCUCGCUGGCACCACACUCCGAGAAAGCAGGGCCAGAAGAGCCGUGCCGUGAAAGUGUAGUUGAUUUUGUUGCCGGCCCGUAUCGUCCUUGGGGGCACGUUUUGUUUGUGUAAUUGUUGCUCGGGCUCGUGCGUGCGUGCGUGUGGCAAGAGACAAAUCCGAGUUGCCCGGAUUGUCCGGGUUGCUGGAGUGUCGAGACCGUGUGCCAGACUUGUGACGUAGGCCAUCCGGCUGGAUUGGGCAGUGGCGAAUUGCGGCGGUCGCAAAGGAGAGAAGCAGCGACGCAAUCAGGUCCAGGACUUUGUAGCGUCCGAACCGUCGAGAAGUAGUAUUAUUGGCCACAGCGGGUGCGGCGCGGUGCGAUGGAUGAGCUAAGCGAGGCGGAACUUCGCUACUACAAUGACCUGUUCAAAAUCUGCAGCGAGGCGGAGAGCGGAGGCAAGAUCCCGGCCCUCAAGGCGACCUCGCUGUUUCGUUCGGCCAAUCUGUCCAACGAAACCAUAAACAAGAUCACCGCACUGGUUGGAAUACCACAAACGGCGCUACAUUUGUCGCGGCAGCAGUUCUACGGAUGCCUGAAGCUAAUCGCUGCCUACCAAGCGUCGGUACCGCUGCGAGAGGAAAUACUGACCAGUUCGUACAACCUUCCACUGCCGAAGUUUAGCUGGAUCGAUCCUAUUGGACCAACAACAAGCAGUAUCGAUCCCGUGUCCAAUACCGCGGCGGCCCUUGGCAACGCCGGUACCAGCGAGCGAAAUGGUUACGUAGAGGUGAAACAUAGAUCCAGUGUAGCUAGUAUCGUCACCGGGAAUCAUCUACCGCUUAGUGAACCGGUAUCGACAAUCGGAGGAUCGGCGCAAGACAGCAGCACCUCGACAGGCGGUGAACAGACAAACUCCGACCAACCGAGCACCGACUCGGAGGUGGAACAUAACGAUCACGAACCAGCUUCAACAGCAGCAUCGUCAGCGAUGGUCCCAGGAAGUAUAGCUCGGAACGAACGGCACAACAUGGUUGGCAUGCUGAAGGGCGGUGGCGUUGUGAUGGUGGGCGGAACUCACCCCAUGGGUGGAGGUGCCACUACCGGUGGUUCACCGGAAGCCUGGAGCACAGCGAGUGACAGUCCAACGCCGACGAACAGCGUUGCGGAGCGUCCUUGGGCCAAUCAGAAUCUCUGGCAGGGGUUGGUCUGUGAAGAGCAGCGCCAGCUACUUGGCACGGAGGAAGAAUCAUCAGAUCGGCAUAGUAGCGACGAGGAAGAGGAGCAAGAGAUUGAUCUAGAAUACUUUUACCAAAUCUCUCAAACGCAGAAGGACUACUAUCUGAAGCAGUUCCGUACUAUUCAGCCCGAUAUACACGGAUUGGUCACUGGACCCGUCGCCAGGGUGUUUUUUGAAAAGUCGCGCAUCCCAAUCGACGAACUUCGUCACAUCUGGCAGAUGUGUGAUGUGACGCGAGAUGGUGCCCUCAAUUUGGCUGAAUUUACGGCCGCCAUGCAUCUGGUGGUGCUGCGAAGGAACAACAUACCCGUACCUGCUUCGCUACCACCCUGUCUGCUGCCCAAGCUACUUCAACAUUCUUUACUGCAACCGGGUGCACCGUCAUCGGCUACAGUUGGCGGUAGCGAGAGUUCCACUAGUGGUAGCGGAUCAUCAGUAGUGACUGCUACUAUCACCGGAGGAAGUGCAACCGGUGCCGCCAGCAGUAAUGGUGGUAACAUCACCGAACGAUCGGAACCAGCCGAAGCUGAUCUGCUACAUCUCGAAAGCGAUGAUAAUGUGGUGGAUGCGAGCACGACCAACCGGAAACGAUUCGUUGCCAAAGACUACCAGCGUAUGGUACCGGUACCGGAUUCGCUCGCUUUUGUGACAGCAACCGCAACGACGGCGGGCACGAGUGCGGCGAUCCCUGCAUCGCACGACAGUCCACCGUCCGGAUCGGUAUCUUCGGGUGCCACAGGGACCGGUUCCGGGUCGGUGGCGCUUGCCACCAAGGGCAGCGGUAGCAGUGGCAGUAAUACAAGUGGUAGCAGCGCUGCCGUGACAACGGCUGCAUCCGUGGCUGUCGGUGGCCGUAAAACACCGCCAAACAUCUCGCCUCCUAUACUGACGCAAGCGGCCACACAACAGCAAAACAACUACCAGGGUGCAACAAAACAGCCGUUGGAUCAAGUUGUAACGCCCCCGAAUGUUGGUACGAAGCAACAAAAGGAAUGGAACUCGACGACGAAAGAAUGGACCAAGUUCAUGGAAUCCCCAACAUCGAACGUCUCUAGUCCGGGGCCGAAACCGGUUAACUUUGACCUGCAGCGUACGACGCAAGCGAUCGUUUCCGAUCCGCAAAUUUUGCAUCCAGUUCCGCUGCGCGUCACCCCCGUAGGUGCUGAAGCGAUUGAUAGUAGCAGUCUAGUCUAUAGUGAUGUUAAUCAUGGUACGGCCAACCUGCUCGUUGCUGCUGGUCAGCAGUCCGAUGAAGCGAACCCAAAGCAAGCAGCAACCUCUCUGCAGCAGCAACACUCACACCACGCGACACCACGCGAUUCGCUCACAAACAGCAGUGAUUUACGUGCCAUCCAGAGACCACAACCGAAAAAGCCACCAUCGAAGGGUGUUGGUGCUAUUCCUCCUCCACCACAGCGGGAAUCCGUUGGCGGUAGUAUGCUAUCGUCAAAUGAUGCGACGAUGACGAUAUCACUCGAUGGGUCCGGUUACUCUGGAAUUGUUGGGGGAACGGUUGCGACGGCGGCAACAGCAUCAACCUUAGCGAAGAAAGCAUCCGUCGAUCAGCAGCAACCGCCACCACCGUUGCCACCACCGAGACCAUCUGCUCAUCGACACACGCGCAGCAGCAGUCUAGAUCUGAACAAACUGAAGCUAGGUAGUAAUGCGGCUCCCCUCAAGAUGCCGCCACCGCCGGAAGUGCCACCGAGGGUAAACACUCCACCGGCACCACCAACCGAUCAGCAGCAAGCUGGUACUGCCGCUGCUCACCAUCACCAUGCGUUUGCGGAUUUUACGCACUUUCCUAGCACCACCGGCGGAUACCGAGGAGCAGUGCCGUUGGGUGACCCGAGCAACAUCACCACAAUCCAUCUGGAUGCAGCCGGUAAUAUGACGCAUCAUUCCACGCCACCACGCAGCUCGGGCACGCUACCAAAGUCGCUCGUUAUGCAUAACACUCCUCGGCAGAGCGCCUUUGAGGUAUACCGGAAACCAUUGUCGAGCCAGCGUAGCUCGCAGUCACCGCCACAGCAGCAGCAGCCACCAUUAGUUACGUCUCGCAGCGUCGAAUGUUCGGGCGGUGCGACCGCUCAGCCUAAUUCGCUUGGUGCGACGGAUUACGACAAGCGCAUUUCGGCGCUGAGCGAUAGCCUGCGGCAGGUACGCUUCAAGAGUGCCGAUCCACCGCCCGUCAUGCCGGAUGUUUUGAAGCAGCUCAAGGAGCAAAAUUUGCUGCUACUGCGAAUAUGCAAUGAUCUAAGUGAGGAGCUGCUGCAUAUUCAGCAGAAGCGGGAAGACAUUCGCAUCAAGAUCGAGCUCCAGGAGCAAAUUCUGGGCGGUGAUAGUGCCGGGGCAAUGCUAGCCACCACAAGCGGUCCAUCCUCGCUACCUUCCUCAUCGUCGGUAACGCAACAUCAUGCACAUCAUGCACAACAGCAGCAACAUCAUUCUCAUCACGCCAAUCUAUAAAAAUAAUACUAAUUGUAAGGAGACGUGGUGGUUCGGUUCGGCAUCAAACUGCCCCUGUGCUCGAUUAUUACAAUCUCAUUCUCGCUCAAUACGUAGGCGAAGCCAGUCGGUAUACAUUUGGGCAUCCUGUUUUUAAUGUAAUGUUUGCAUCGUUGCUUACGGAGUUGUUUCAAAUCAGCGCUUUCUGUAAAGAUGUGGUAUUAACCCUCCCUGUUGGUUUGUAAGGAAUACAAUUCCACUUUUACUUGCGAUGGUAAAUGUGGCUUGUUGUAACAGGAACGGAAUGGAUUCGUUUCAUGCGUCUGUAAUUUAUUGGUUUACUUGAUUUCAUCCAGCUUUAUCAACAAAACGAUUUGCCGCGCGGGGGAAAUCGUUAUCGAAUGUUUUCGUCUCAAGGUAAAGAUGUAGCAUGCGAUCGUCAAAGUGGCUCGAUGGGGGCGGGGUGCUUGCUAGAGCAGCCAAGGUUGUUGUUGUAACUCUUUCGAAUGAGUAAAUCGAAAGGCUGUAAGGUGAGGGGUAUCAGUUAGAAUGCUAGCUCUAGCAUACAUGCCUCCAAUGUCUAAGCCAACACAGAAUUAUUUUCAAUGUUUCUUUAAAAAUGUAUUUAAACCGCCAGUGAGCUGUUAUCGUAUAUACCAUUAUCGGCCCGAUGAAGCACAAUAAAACUAGAUAUGAUAAACGAAGAUUGAUCACUGUGAGUAAUAGCGUUGAACAUUAGAUUCGUUUUAACACCCUUUGACAACGGAAAACGGAAUAGCAUGACAUAAUCUUACCUACUCAAAAAUCAUGCGAACGUAUGGAACAUAAUAGGAUCUAUAAUGCUGUGUUAGACGUUUAGCAAUUUCGGAAAAUCUAGAUGAAUACACACAGACCUAAAGGCAUAUUUUGCGAUUCUUAUCAUUACCCGAUCAAAGAGCGUGGUAGAAAACCAAAAAGCCAACCAUCCCAACGCGAUGGAAUCUCUUCACUUAAACCCAACAGCAGCUACAGGGUUGCGCCACGAUUGCUCCGGUGCUGGAAAGGGUGAUAUAAAUGAAUAAAAGUAAAUUGACAAAGGAAAUAAAGCAGAGGUCGCUCGCACUGAUUGUUGGUAUCACAAGUCGAUAGUAUCAAAUCGAUGUACUACUACGAUGUCUACUACUUCUACCAGUAUAAACGAAGAUCACCAGCGAACGAUGUUCACGGUUAAAAUACCAUGCAAAGAACCACAAUAGUGUUAGACGAUUGAACAGAAUUCGAAUUCUCGAAAGGUUACUGCUGGAAGAGCGUGAUCUGGGGAAUCUACUAAUAUCUUUUUCCAGCAGCAGCAG